AUGAUGCGUGAUGACUCCGCCACGUGCGGUACCUUGCCGGUUUGGGAGGAGGAGUUCCUUACUUCUCGCGAUGACGUUUCUCGCCGUUCGGAGGCGCACGGACCGAAUCUCGAUGCCAAAGAUGACGGCAUGCUUCCGAAGCCUGAACCUGAUGAUUACAAUCCUCAUGCGUUUGAGAUGCGGUGGUAUGGUGUUUGCCCUCUCAUGGAGACCGGGACGCUUGUGGAGGGAAGACUUGGUCUUCCAAAGUUCAUCCUACUUGGGGCGUUCCGCGCGAAAGUUUGGAGUUUAGAGUGA